GGAGAUCCGCUCUUUUAGUAGCGCGCCGCUGGCGAAGCGAGUGCUUGCAGGGCUGCGGGCAUGAGACUGGACGCCGCUGAAGCGCUAGAGGGAGAUGUGGCUGCAGCCGCCGCGGUCUCUAUGGCUGCCCAGACUAAGUAUGUGCUAGGUGUAGACGUGGGGAGCACCGUCAUACGGUGCCAUGUUUACGAUAAAGCCACCGCGGUCAAAGGCGUCAGUGCCAAGCAGGUAGAAGUACUUCAUCCUCAGCCUGGUUGGGUUGAACUGGACCCUGAAAGUCUGUGGACCCAGUUUGUUGAUGUGGUAAAAGAGGCAGUUCAAGCUGCAGGAAUUAAACUGAAUCAAAUUUCUGCACUUGGGCUUGCGACACACCGUGCAACUUUCCUUACGUGGAACAGGGAAACAGGAAAACCCUUUCAUAAUUUCAUAAGCUGGCAAGAUCGAAGGGCUGCUGACCUUGUAAAGUCUUGGAACCGAUCUUUCUUAAUGAAGGUAGUCCAUGGUUUCUGUUCAGUGCUGCACUUUUUCACUCGGAUUGAAUUGUUUUUGAUGGCAAGUACACUUACUUUCACAACUCAACACAUACCUUUAAGGAUGGCUUGGGUUUUACAACAUAUACCUGAGGUGGAACAAGCUGUAAAAGAUGAUAAUUGCUGUUUUGGGACAGUUGACACGUGGCUAUUGUAUAAACUCACCAAAGGUGCAGUGUAUGCUACCGAUUAUUCAAGUGCAAGUACCACAGCAUUUUUUGAUCCAUUUAAGCUGCAGUGGAGUGUGGUUCUUGGCAAGUUAUUUUCCAUCCCAAUAUCAAUUUUUCCUCCAGUGAAAGACACAAGCCACAAGUUUGGAUUGGUUGAUGCUGAAAUAUUUGGUGAGUCCAUUCCAGUAACAGCUUUGGUGGCAGACCAACAGGCAGCCAUGUUUGGAGAGUGUUGUUUUAAUCCAGGUGAUGUUAAGGUUACCAUGGGGACUGGCUCAUUCUGGGAUAUUAAUACUGGAAGCAGAGUUCAUGUAUCUAGGACAGGUUUAUAUCCAUUGGUUGGAUGGAAGAUUGGGAAAGAUCUAACCUACAUAGCAGAAGGCAAUGCUUCUGAUACUGGCAAUGCUAUAAAAUGGGCUCAGAACUUAGAUCUUUUUACCAGUGCUGAAGAGACAUCCAGAAUGGCAUACAGCCUGGUGAAUUCAGGAGGAGUUUGCUUUGUUCCAUCUUUCAGUGGACUGCAGAUCCCAGUGAACGACCCUUGUGCCUGUACCUCUUUUAUGGGGAUCACGUCAUCCACCACCAAAAACCAUCUUGUUCGAGCUAUGUUGGAAUCUAUUGCUUUCAGAAACAAGCAGCUAUAUGAAACCAUCGCAAGAGAGGUGGAUGUUCCAACUAUGCACAUUCGAGCUGAUGGAGGUGUCAGUAAGAACAGUUUUGUAAUGCAAAUGACUUCUGAUUUAAUUGACAAAACGAUAGACAAGUCUGUAAUUACAGAUAUGUCUAGUCUUGGAGCAGCUUUUUUAGCAGGUCUUGCUGUAGGAUUUUGGAGUGACAAAGAGGAGCUAAAGAAGCUGAGGCAAAGUGAUGUGGUUUUUAAGCCACAGAAGGGGCCAAAGGAAUAUGAGCUUGCCAUGAGUAACUGGACAAAAGCUGUUCAACGCUCUCUACACUGGUAUAGCCAGAUAUCACAGUAAUGGGAUGAGUGCAAAAAUCUAGAUUGUCUAUGAAACAAUAGUUUACUAUGACAGUAAAUUCUGCUUUACCUCAUAUGUACAGUUACUAAUCUUAUAUUUUAUCCAAAUGAAACAUCUGUGAACAUCAGUGACUACCAUAUAACAUUGAAGAAGGCUAAUUACCAGUGCUACAUGACUUCCUGUGGGAGAAGUAGAUGACACUUUGGCAUUUUUCUGCUAGUUUGUGAUUUCAUCUUCUAUUAUGACCUCUACAAAACAUUUUCUCAUCAAUAAGCCAAGUGGCAAACUGACCUAUUUUUAAAUGAUUUUGUUUUUGAUCUGUCAUGCCUGACAUGAUUUUCAUUGCUGACCAGAAAUCAGUCAGCCAUCUUCCCAGAUGUUAAAUUCCAAAUGGAGGAACUUCUUGCAAAUCUGUAACUUUUAUGGAAGUAGUUAUCUGAAGUAGAGAUGGGUACAAACUGGGGAAAUGGUGGUCUGUGGUUCAUAUGGUCACCCAAACCAAUUUGAGUGUUUGUUUGGUUCAGAAGAUCUAAAACUCAUCAGGAGUCUUCAGCAGGCUCUGUUUUACCUGCCCUCCAAGUUUGGUGAAGAUUGGAUUUGGAAUGUCAUAGCCCAGGGUGUCAAACAUUUGUUAUGAGGGCUGGAUCUGACAUAAAUGAGACCUUGUCGGGCCCGGCUGGGCUGUGUCGGGCUGGGCCAUGUGUGUACUUAUUUAAGAUUAGGUAGCAAGGAUAUAAACUUUAUAAUGGACACAGAUAAACACAACUAAAAAUUAAAAAAAAACUUAAAAUAAACCAUGCUUAAAACAUUAGCACUUGUUGGUCUUAAAGAUCUUUCUUUGUAUUAAUCCCAUGGGAUCCAGGUAACUGAGCAAAGGAAGCUCAGGGGACAAGGAGGGGGAGAAGCCUCAUCCAAUGGAGAAAAUAAAAGUUUUGCUCUGUAGCUCCUGUUUAAUUGAGCAAGCCUUGCAAAGCAAGCUGAGAUGCAGAAGGAAGCAAGGGAGAAGAAAGCAGACAAGAGCCAGUUGCUCAGGGGCCUGAUAGAAGCCCUCCAGGAGCCUGAUUAGGCCCCCAGAAUGCAUGUUUGACACCCCUGUCAUAGCCCCUCAAAGCAGCCACCCCCAGGAAACCUCAGCUUCAGCUCUCAUGAUAAGUCUCUCUUCAUGUUGUAAAAUGAAAGCUAUACUGGGGCAGCUUCCUCAGGAGGUAAAGACUGGAGUUUGGCAACGCCGGUCACAGGCAAAAUUGCAGAGAUUAUCUAAAGUCCAGUUCAAAAGUCAGGGAUUCCAGACAGCAGACUUACCAAAGUCCAGUCUAGGAUGAAGGAGUUCCAGGCAGCAAGUCAGGGAUUCCAGAAAAGCUAGUUGUCAGGUCAGUUUCAAGGUUGCAGAGGUCCAAUAACAGCAAGAUUGGUAGCUCAGUAGCAAAGUAUACUUGUUGCAUCCACAAACUGCUGCUGCUCCUGGCUAAAUUUAUAGUCAGGUCUUAAUGGGCUAAACUCCCAGCCAAUUCCUUGGAAGUCAUCCUGAAACUACUCACUCAUGUCUUCAACUGACAUGACAAUGGACCAUGAGUCUAGCACUUCUCUCUUGAAACUCUAAGUGUCUCUGACGGUGUUGGUGAUCUAGGAGGGCUGGGAUUGGCUUCUGAAGACUUGUUUACUGCUUCAGAGCUACAAGCUGUUGACUCAGUUUCAGCUGUAGACUGACUCCUGAUCAGCUGGUAAGCUGAUCUCUAUUGUUCUCCUUCUGGCUCAGAGACAGCUGCAGCUGGAUGUUCAAUUAAUGGUUGAGAGCUGGCUGCAGGCAGCUCUUUGAUGAAUCCAUACUGUCACUAAGCACGGAUUGACUUUAUGACAGCAGCUGAGUCAGAGUGUCUGCUCUUAUAGAACAGAAUGGGAGCUCUAUGAUUGGCUCCCAGAGCUGCCAAUCAAACUAUGGACAACUGCUAUGGGUGUUUCUAGAGCACCCCCAGCAUUGCCUAAGAAUUGAUUGAAUUCGUGCCAGGCUGUCUGGAAAAGCGAACCAAACGAAUCACCAAAGGGCGAACCAGCUUGGAAAAACCAUGAAUUGGCCCUGUUCAUGCACAAAACACGAUUUGUUGAUUAGUUUGUGCCCAUCUUUAAUCGGAAUACAUCAGGAUGGCUUUGCGUUCCACAGCAGAGCAGGUUUGACAGCACAACUUAUAUCACUUGACCCACAUUCCAAUUCUUCUUACUGUUUGUACCUGUUUUACUCCCAAAGUUUCAAACUGGUACCCCCAAUCACUGACAACCUCCUACUCCAAUCAUUAAAAACAUAUGCUACCUCACAGUUUGUAUGCAGUAGUGCACAUGCACCAGAUGUUUUCUUUUGGCAGCUCAAAACUCCAGUCAGCAUCUGCUGCACUGUCAGGGUCAGAUGAGGCCAAUGCACCCUCCAGGAUCUCCUUAUGGGAGUCUUGACAGGCCUCAGACUAGGGGAGGGGUUAACAGCAAUUGGUGUUGUUCCUCCCUUUCUACUGCCCUCCUCUGUAGCCCAUUAACUGGCAGAAGGGCUAGCAUGUCUUCCUGGGCUUGUGUCACUAACCCUUAUGAGGGAGACACCCUGGAGUAUGCCUGCCUCUUCCUGCUUCUCUGAGGGUUGCCUCACCCUUCUGGGUUAAUUGGCAGGUACCCUUGCCAAUUAGAUGUGACUGGGCCAAGCUGGCCUCCAACCUUGCCCUACACCACCAUUAAAUGGCUGCCCCACUUUCCCCCCCAAGCCAGUGGGUGCCAGCAUAUUAAGGCUCAGAGCUACCCCAUGCAGGAGCUGUUCUUGGAUUGCCAGCUCAAAUCUUCUAUCCAGCAAGGGAGAGGGGAAUUUGAGCCUUCCAGGAGGGAGUGGGGACUUCUCAACAUGAUGACGGGGGAUGGCAACCCUAGGCUGUUACUCUUUUGCCCAGUCUUGCUGGACUGGGCAUGCUGUUGGCAUCUUGGGCAGGACUUGCUGCAGUAGGCCUACCACUUGGAUGGCAGAUUGCUGUACUGGUUGAUUGAAUGGCUGGCUGAAUUCUGUUGUAUGUUCCACCUGGCCCUCUCCACCUCUACCCCCAGACAACCCGGAACACUUUUUUUUUGUAAGCUUGGGGAUUAUAGUUUAAAAGAAUAUAAGAUGUUUCUCAAAGGGGAGUGUCCAGAUGCUUUCCAGGCAAUGGGUAAUGUCCUGUGAAUCAGGAUUAGAAAGUGGAUAUUUUCCAGCUUCUCCAGCACUCCCCCCACACCCCCAAAAAAAGAACCUGUCAAGAGGCACAGGAGCCUCAUGGACAAAAUGCCAUGGGGCACAGGUGACUGCAACGAAGAGGGGGAAUCAGGUGACAUUGCCCCUAUGUUAUGAUGGAGUCUCCUGUUCCAUAAGCAAAAGAGCAAGAAGGGACGAUGUGGCCAAUUUAUCCCUCCUUACAGCAGCCAUAUCACUUUCCAUUUUAUUCACACUGCUCCUGUGACUUCCAAUAUAAGGUUUUCAGAGAUUUCAGGGCCAAUGAGGAACCAGGGCCGUAGCCAACAAGGGGGACAGGGGUGGUGCCCCCUAUAAAUCUGCAACACCCCCACUCAGUCUUCCCCAAAGGGAAGAUUAGUGGGGGUGCUGCAGAUGCUGUGCCUCCUACUGGCUACAGCCCUGUGGGGAACAGGAAGAACUCCAUGUCUCCAGGCUCCAAUUACAUAGUAUGCGUGGAAUCCAGACAUCUUUAGAAAUUUUGUAGUAAGGAAUUUUUAGCAUUGAAAACACAUACUUUUAUUCUUGGAAAUAAUCUUCUUGAGUCCUACAUUGAGUAGUUCUCAAUGUUAGCCGCCCUGAGCCUGCUUCGGCGGGGAGGGCAAGAUAUAAAUAAAAUUUAUUAUUAUUAUUAAUGUUGUGGGCAUCUGUUGGCUUAUGCCAACUCUUCUGCCAUUUUAUGUACUCUGAAAAGUUUGUUUGUUUUGAAGCAGUGGGCUAAUGUGGAAAAAAAAUGCUUGCUGUUACUUUACUGUUUUGGCUAAGCUUUAUUUAAGAAGAGGUAUACGGUAAUACAUCCUUGCUUGGGGAUAGGAAUCUUUCUCCAGAAGGCAUUGUCCCCAUUUUCUGGGCUCUGAAUAUCAUGAUACAGAAAUGCUGUGGAAUUUGUAGGUAAACCAUGUAUUUUGCAGAAUCAUAUAAAAAAAAUCUAGUACAUGCAUUUCUGGAUCAUAGUGAUAGCAUACAAAUACAAUUAAACAUGAACAGUAUUAUGUUGCUCUAAUUGCAAAAUGUGGUAUUCUGCUUAGAUUUUUUUUAAUGCAGAAUUCUGGAUAAGCCUGCCAUAUGUCACCAUUAAGUGCCUGAAAGGGAACAGGGCACAAACAGAGAAUUUUACAUGACAAAAAUGUGAAUUAUUUUCUAUUUGUAGUAAUGACAUCAGCAUAUUCUGUGAAUUUUAUUGUUAAUGAAUUAUUUUUAUAGGGGUCUGUUACAUAGUAUUCCAUAUUCUGGGCUACUGUUCCUGGGUUACUUGAUUUUGUUAAUUUGAGAUGGAGAGUGUGUAUGUGCAUAGACACUUUUAAAGCCUGAAUUAAAUAUUUUUCUUCUUUGUGGGCCAGUUCCAUGGGUGUCAAUUAGCUGACUGUCUUGAAGUUGAAGAAAUGUAACCUACUAGACUUUUAAUCCUGUAAUACAAGAAUUGUAUCAUACUAUUUUAAGUUAAUGAUGGCAAUUAAAAUGGUAAUCACUACACUA